AUGGAGCUAGAACUGAAAAUAAAACAACAUAUUCACAGCGCAAUAUGCUCCGAAAUGUAUCUCCUUUGCGAAUAUUUUAAUACAGCCGGGGGCUUCAACCCCCGCAGCCCGUGCCACCCCGCCGACCGGAAGUCCGGUCUGCGUCCCGCGCGCGGCGUCCCCACACACGGCACUUCCGCCGGUGACGUCACGAUUAAUCUCGCGCCAUCUUCCGCCGAUCCGGCGACGCACAAAAAUAACGACCAUAGA